AUGAUAGCCAAUGGCAAUUUGAAAUGGCAAAAGAAUUUCGAAGAGCUUCGUCUAGCUGUUGACCGACUACAACUACAAUAUAGUAAAGGGUGGACAAGCCCGGGAGGUUACUGUAAACUGUUCGAAAACGGGGAAGUCUCGAUACGUUGGUAUUCGAAUAGUAAAUCUUUGACGGUGAAGGGGGAAAAGGCCGACGAAAUAAAAGAAAAACUAUUAAAUUUCGACCGCAAAUUGAGCGGUGAAGUCAAAGUAUACUCGGAGAGUCCAAAGGUUGCAAAUAUUUUGGAGUCAACAGAUAGAAAUUUGCAUUUGAGGUCACGAAUCUGUAGCGUGAACAAUGAAAUGACUCGGACAAAUGGUCAAAGUUACUCAACCAACACAAACGACGCAAAUUACAAUAAAUCCCCAGAAUUUUAUGAAAUAAACUCUAAGCUGGAAAAUUAUUCACAAAAUGUUACUAGAAAGCUAGAUGCUCUAGCGGAAGAAAUUUCAACGAUAAAGGAGAAUAAAGAAAAUGCUGCUUACGGUAUACUGAUACUUGAAGAAACUGUUGAUGACCUUAAGAAGGAAAAGUAUGAACUUAACAGAGAGAAUGAUGACUUAAAGGAGAAAAACAAGAACUUAUUUCAAUCUCUGUCUGAAGUAAAAGCUAAGGUUAUAGAACUUCAGCGAGAAUCAGUAUCACUAGCAGAAAAGAAGAAAAUUGAAGACCUGGAAUCUGAGAACAAGAAGUUCUCAGCGUUAGUGACCACGAAGAAGAAGCAAACAAAUCUGCAUCAGAUCUGGAUCAAUCAGAGGCUAGACAACAUAAAGACCCAGUACGAGACACAACUACAAUAUCUAAGGAUGAAAAAACCCCUAUUGAUGUAG